GCCGAAGAGAAAAGAGACCGAGGUUGAACAGGGCGCAGACUCGCCGCGGAAAGAGAGACGAAAGGGAGACAGUGCGGGAGAGGAGGCAGAGAAACGAAACCAGAGGACAAGAAAAGGAGACAGAAGGAAAGCAGGAAGAGACGCUGAGAGGAAAAGAUUAAAAGAGGAGAGAAAGCAAGAAAAACACAGAGAACAGGGAGAGAAAGCGUUUAGGGUAUAAAAACGACACCGAGAGAGGAAAGAGAAAGGCGAAAAGGCAUGCAGUGAAAGAAGAUCGAGAAGAGAAGAGAAAGUUGUCCGCGCGAUUGAAAAAGAGAUCUCUGUUGCCGGUCGAGUCAGGAGUUUCGUGUAAGAAAAAAGGAUGCUGGGAAUGCACUGAGGCAAACAAGUCUCCGAACAGCUCUCUGUAUGCAUGCAGCUGUCAAGAGGAAAGGUUGAUGGGUCACAUGACAUGCUGCGAGUUUUCCUUUGCUCUAUAAAAGCGAUGAAACGUCUCCUGUGUUUGCGUCAUCCGUGCUCUUCUCUCGUUUUCGUUUUUCUGUGUUGUUUCUCUCCUGUCCUGUCUCUCUUCCUCUCUUUUUCUGGGUCGCGAAUCGACGCAUGCGUCGUCUCGAGUGUGUCUCGGAAGAACGUCGACGCUCGUCAGGACCUGCUUUUCUUUUGGAAUCUCUUUCCUUUUCCACGCUUUCCUUUCUUCUCCGUAUUUCUCUGUGUCUCUUCUCUUCUCGCGGACUUGUCCUCUUUCGUCUUUGUGCCUCUCCGCAACGCACCCACGGUUGGCCCUGUCUCCUGUGGCGCUUCUUCGCGGCAGCUGGCACCACCGUUUUCAAGUUCGCGGCUUUUGCUUAUCGCUGUCGUUCGUUCUCCACUUGCUCCGUUUUUCCUCUUGGUCGUCAGAUACCUCUUCCUCCCGUGGUUCGCUGUUCCAGUCUUCGCGGAGAAGAUGUUCGUCAUCUCUCUUCUCCAAGAUGCGGUCUCCGUCCUUCCCGAGACCCAAAUGAAGAAUCAAGGAGAAGUCUUGCGGAAAGCGAUCGAAGAAAAAUACCUGAACAAGGUUGUGGUGAACUGCGGCUUGGCAGUUGCGUUCUACGAGCUCCGGCGCAUCCAGAGUGCGACGAUUAGGUCUGGCGAUGGGAGUGCACGGUACAAAGUUGAGUUCUCCCUCGUCUUCUUCCGGCCUUUUCAGGGAGAAAUCCUCGAGGGUACCCUCAUGCACUCCGACAACCACGGCUUGCGAAUCUCGCUGGGUUUCUUCCACGACGUCUACAUCCCCGCGGCGGCGCUUCGGGAGCCCAAGGGAUUCAACGCGGCCUCCGAGCGCUGGUGGUGGGGGUUCGAGGACCAUGAGCUCGAGUACGCUCCGCUUCAGCAGGCGAUUCGUUUCCGUGUGCAGGAAAUCCGCUUCGACCAGGCGCUCGCCGACGGCAACGGAGGCGCAGGAACUCAGGAGCUGGUCGCUGGAGCGGAGCGUAUGGGUUUGGCGCCGAUGGUUGUUCUCGGGGCAGUCGACGAUGAUGGACUGGGGAUGAAGACUUGGUGGCAGUGAAGCAUUUUUUGCGAGUUUGCCUGUCGUCUGCUCUCGCUCGCACCGAGAGAGCAGGUUGAGGAGAGAGCGGCGCCUGGCCCGAGUCAAAGACAAAAGUCGAACGGCUAAGAACGAGGAGACAGACGCGAGAAAGCUUCGAGGGAGAAGCAACUUCGUUCUUCGCUAGCUCUUCUUCCACCUAGGUCCAGCGCGCGCGGUGGACGAGCCAUGAGGGGAGACGCUUGGACUCGUCCCUGAGUCUCUGAACGUUUCGUUUGCUGUCGGCUCCCAGAUGGAACCUCGCAGCCGCUUCGAUGAGGUGCAUGCGAAUGCCGUGGCGCGUACAGCGUCGUCGCUUUCUCGAAGAUUCUGCACCUGUGAAGAUGCACUUUCUGCUCUCCGUAUGGUGUGUGUCGCCAGGCAUGCACGCCCCCCCCCCCCAGAUAACAUCUGAAGCUAGACUCCGUGCUUCACGUUAUAAAAUGGGAUGCCUGGGUUUCUGUAAACGACCGUUUUCUGGGGAAUGUGUAUUCUACGAGGUGAUCUGCCGGUUUAGAUGCGUUUGUCUCCUGUCUUCGCUUUCGCUUGCCCUGCGGGCCUUGUCCGCCGGAGCGCCGGCUCUGCAGAGCCUCGCAGACACACAAAUAUGCAGGCGUCUGGCUGCGAGACUCCUUGCGUCUCUCUGCGUGUUUUUCCCUGUGUACCUUCUGGACAUGCUUGUCCGCAUGAAAAGCAUACUUGUGCGUCUGUUGCUGGUAGGCGCGUGACGCUGGCGGUGUUGUCUCCACGCAGAGAUCCUGCGACAUGCGUCGCGGCGAACGAGACCUGAAGCGACCGAUCAGGUCUCUUCGCGUUUUAUCAGGUCCACUCUUUCGUACGACAACUUGGUCUCAUCUUGUCUCAGUGCUUAAAGGCAGUGCAAAACCGUUUCCACCUUCAGGUUUCAAACGGCUUCUUAACCGUCGAUUCUCUUGUUUAAAGCCUUCCGUUCGAAGCGUAAGACCCGCGGGGCGCCGAUGGCGCAUGUCUUCCUCGGCCGAAAGGGCGUUCACGCAGUGUCUUGCGCGCGAGCGCCAGGCCGCCCAGUUCCUCUCAGUUUUCUUUUUGUGGCCUCUCGAAAGAGACUUCCAGAAGUUCACAAGAACCUUUUCCUGGCGCAGGACUGGCGCACAGACAGCCUGGUCCACACGGAGCUCGAGCAGACGCCGUGCAUCCCAACGAAAACCAGGUUUCCAACGGCUCGAGACCCAAACCAGAUUGUCACCCGAGACAUCACAUAAGCGACCGAGGAAAC